AUGGCGCCAGUCUUAGAGCGGCUAGUCUCGGUACAACGAAAUUCCGUCGCUUCGGAGCUUGAAAAGGUUCGAUUUUAUUUUCACUCUUCCUCUUUCUUCCUCCAGCCCAUCUCCUGCCUGGCUUGGAAUGUUUUAGCCCAGGAUGAUUGCAGGUGGCUUUGUCUCACCAGGACUGGCAUUCGCUUGUUUCAUUGCCUUUUUGAACUAACGGCUCUCCAUCCGCAGCCUGAAAAUUUUUGGACUAACUUGAGGAAAUCCUCGCAGUUUUCUUAUCUUUUCGAUCCACAAUUGAUUAGGUGUCACUGUCUUCACCUCGGCCUCCAAAUGGUAAGCCGCGGCUCGUCCUAUCCUGCACCAUCCCUUCCCGUCACGAAGAUGAAAUGGCACUGGGCUCCGACGGUCGUUUGA